UCUGGGAGCUCCCCUCCCAGCCCAGGCCCCCCCGGGUGAUGGGCGCUGGUGGGGCAAGGGACGGCUCUGUCCCCUGUGCCCCAUCCCUCAGCAGGUGGCUGUGUAGGGGAGGGCUGGCUGCCUCUGCCACGGGAGCACUUAGUCGCACUGGGCGGGACUGGGGAGUACUGGGAGCGCUGCCACGGAGGGGUGGGCUGUGGGAUCGGGGCCGGAGGGAGCGCAGGGCUGGAUGUGGCUGAGAGCCCCCUCGCAGCCCAAGCAAGAUCUCUGCUGGCUGUGAGCGCUGCAGGCGACCGAGCGCACCUUCCCCCAAAAGGAUGGAAAACAAAGUGUUUAUGUCAUUUGCAUUCUACAGCACGAUCUUGAUUUUAAAAAUGUAUGUUGUUGCCAUCAUUACAGGACAAGUGAGACUCAGAAAGAAGGCGUUUGCAAACCCGGAGGACGCACUGCGCAACGGGGGGCUGCAGUACUACCGCGAGGACCCCGACGUGGAGCGGUGCCGCAGGGCCCACCGCAAUGACAUGGAGAACAUCUUUCCCUUCCUCUUCCUUGGAGCCAUCUACUCCCUGCUGGAUCCCAGUCCCGCAGUGGCCAGGAUCCACUUCUUCAUCUUCUGCGUGGGGCGCAUUGUCCACACCAUCGCCUACCUGCUGCGGCUGAAGGCUCCAACGCGCUCCGUGGCCUACAGCGUGGCGCAGCUGCCCUGCUUCUCCAUGGCUCUGCAGAUCCUCCUCGCCACCACCCCAUACUGGUAACGCCCAGUGAGACCGACCAUCCAAACCCCCUCGUCCUGCGCUCUGCUGGUUUCCCCAGCUGGACUGGAUGGUGUGUGUGCAAGUGUGAGUGUGCACGUGUGUGUGUGUGUGUGUGCGGGGUAUGUUGCCAGGGAGGCUGCCUGCACCCCAAGGAUGAAGUCCCCAGGCUAUUGAAAUUGGGCAGGGAAGUCAUCGGAGAGAAGGGGCACGUCUCCCUCUGGAGCGGGAAGGGGAUGCGGAGGCAGAUUUCUCUCACUCCUGCUAAGGGUGGGAGGGGGAAAGCACCUGGACUACCCCUCGAAGAAGGGGUUCAGUGAAGGAAAGAAGGUUUUCUGGCCCAAUUUCAUUUGGAACUGGGAAGGGGAAGAUGUGCCCUUUCCCCUUGGUCACAAAUACCCUGUGAAUCAGGAAGGGAAAAUCAUGAGGGUCCCACGAAGUCUCUUGGUCAGCAGACGUGGGGUUAUAAAACAGCCACCCUCCUCCUGCCCGGCUGCAUGGGUCUGUGGGGAGGGGGGGUUCCUUAGGUUCCCCCCCCGCGAGGACAACAGGAGGCAGGUGCCUGCCAGGCAGCGUAACGUGGAAGUCGAAAUCUCAGGGGUGACGUUGCGAAGCCACCGAAGCGUUCAGUGCUCCCAGCGCCGCCUUGUCUCACACCACGGGAUGCAGCUCCCUGCCAGGGACUCCCGCUGCAGGCAGGAGCCUGCUUGUCCCAGCGAGGACACCCCGCAGCCGGCGUUCGGCAGCUCCUGGCCAGCAAUAGCCGUGGCUUUUCCAUCUCAGUCUGGCCGUGGCAAGAUGCAGAGGGACGUGUCUGGAGCAGCUGGCAGGAAUCGCUUACCCUGUAGAGGACUGGACACAGAGCUCUGGGACUUCUGGAAAGACUGAGAUGCUCACGCAAAACAGGGGGUCUGCAGUUUGCAGGCAGAGCUUUCUCCCGAGGGUGGUAUCUGCAUUCACAUGCCGCCGAUGCCUGAAAACGCUCCCAGGGCAGCAGGCUGAAUUUCCCCCACUUUGUUUGUAACCUUUCUCUGGCCGCAGAAUGGCCGUUGCUAUUUGGGGAAUGUGCCGUGACCGCUUUGGGGUGUUUUCUUUCAGCUGUUUCCUGCUGUCCACUGCUGCCAAGCCAUGCGCAGCCUGGAUUAGCUGGUGUUUGCAGAAAGCUCUGGAAAUAAGCAGAGUGGCUUUGAACUGCCCCACAGGAGAAUACUGCUGCUCUGCUGCAUCGCCUGAAAGCUGUCCUGUUGGAGAGGAGAGGUGGGGACCACGGUAUCGUGGGAUGACAAACCCUCAUGAGCUCCUCUGCCAUGCCGCUGUCCCGAAGUGCCAAGGGCUGGUCCAGGCAACAGCAGCACGCAAUGGAGCACCCUCCGGAGGACAAGGCAGGAGGAAGCCUCUGCUGUUCAGUGCCUCCUCCCUCUGAACGCAACACAGAGUUUUACUAACAUCACAGGGGGAAACCAGAAUGAACAGAAUAUAAAUUCCCCUUCCACCUGUCCUAAGCCCUAAAGCUGUUCCCUUAACCCCGCUAUCCUCAGAGAUGCUCUUACUGGGACCUCACUGAGUGCCUGCACGCACAAAGCCCGGUUUGAAUCACCAGCUCAGACUGAUGCUCUGAGCCCUUGCCCAGCUGGGGUAGCAGCUUCUGUACCAGUGACUCCCGACCCCGGUGCAGAUGUGGCCUUAGGCUAAGCUGUUUGGUGAGGUUUGGAGCAGAGCACGCUGCUCCUCCGCAGGGGAUGCAGGGCCCACCGCCUGUGGAAGGUAGGCAGGACUGCAGGUUCAGCAGUUUGCUCUCAGCCACUUCUCAUUUAUGCAGCCUCCGCAGAUGUCUGGGUAGGACAUACCCCUCUUAACAAGCCUUUUCUGCCUCACAUGGUGCACAAGGUCUCGAACCCCUGUACAUAUCUCUGCUGCUGCACAUGUAUCCUGGUGGCAGGAAGCAAAUAUUCCCAAUAAAAACAAAUCAUUGUG